AUGCGCCCAGCACUGGCACCGCUGUUUCUCGCCCCACUCGUUGCCCUCGCCGCGCCAGACAAAUUCGCCGCAUUCGAGCCAGCCCUCGAACAACUCCCCGCUGCCUACAACGAAAGCGAGGCCAUCGGACAAGAUGGCGUUGUCGAACUGCUCAAACGUCAAGGCAACACAUGCGCCUCCAAUCACUACGCCUGUAACAAUCUAGGUGCGCCGGGGCUGUGCUGUCCGCGCACUGCCAUCUGUUCCGUCGACCAGCGAGGAGCAGUCGCAUGUUGCCCCCAAGGCGUAGCUUGCACUGGCGUCCUGGGAAACAGUCCUGCAACCAGCCUGCCAACCGCCACUACAACAACGACUGGCCCAUUUGUCCCCGCCCAAACAACCACCGAUCCAUUCUCACAAGGGACCGGCGGCACGAGUCCCGGUAGCACGGUACAGAACCAAUUCUACCCCUUCCCCUACAUAGCCACCACUUACACCAACGCAGCUGCGUGCUCCAGCGCUUAUACAGCUUGCCAAAGCGAUGCUACAAAGUGUACGGCUGCUCUAGCCAGCGGCGCCCAAGGCGUCACCAUCAGUGCCCCCAACGGCGGCGCAACCAUCACCGCCGUCCCCAGCGUCGGCCUCGCAAGCGCCCAGUCCAUUUGCUCCAGUCUGAGUAGCGUCGGCUGCUACGGCUUGACCGUCGAGGCCUGCGCCAGGUUCGAUGGCGCGAGUGCGGGGAAUGCGGCUGCCCGGGAGCGUUGUGCGGGUUAUUGGAUGGCGGGGGGUGUGGCGGUGGGUAUUGCGGGGCAGUUGUUGCGGGGAAGCGGUGAAGGAGGGGGUGGUCGUUCGUUUUGA